AUAAGCAGCAAACGUUCCAGCAGCUUCAAGAAGGCCAUCGCCAACGGACAACGGGCCCUGCCUCAGGAUGGCCUCCUGGACGAGACCGGGCUGGGCUUCUACAAACGCUUUGUGCGCUACGUGGCGUACGAGAUCCUCCCGUGUGAGAUGCACCGACGGUGGUACUUCUACCAGCAUCGUGCCUGUCCUCCGCCGGUCUUCAUGGCUGUGGUCACACUCACCCAGAUCAUAGUUUUCCUUUGCUAUGGAGCACGGCUGAACAAGUGGGUGUUACAGACCUACCAUCCUGAGUACAUGAAAAGCCCUUUGGUCUAUCAUCCUGGACAUCGCGCCCGGGCCUGGAGGUUUCUCACGUACAUGUUCAUGCAUGUUGGGUUAGAACAGCUGGGGUUCAACGCACUCCUGCAGCUGAUGAUCGGGGUGCCCCUGGAAAUGGUCCAUGGUGUUCUUCGCAUCAGCUUUCUCUACCUCGCAGGAGUCCUGGCAG